AUGUGUCAAUACAUGGUGGUUGUCCGUUAUGGUAAAAGAGAAACAACUAAAUUGUUGAACCACAUGAUGAACAAACAUGGGUCCUUUAGAGGCUGUACACAACCAGAACAAGAGGAGGAGGAAGAAGAAGAAGUACAAUAUUUUUCACCGAAUAUCAAGAAGAUUAAACCAGCCAUGCAUGGAUCAGGUAAUUAUAAUCUCAAGAUUGACGGUGUUGAUAUCAAGCAAAUUGUUAAAGAAAACAAGCUGCACUCAACCAAAGAAAGAGCAAGAGGAGGAGGAGAAGGAGGUGAAACAGGAGACGGAAAAAAAACUUGUUAUCAAAGACCAAAAAGACCAAGGUUACACAGUCAAAUCGAAAGUCAAAGUCAAAGAUUUCAAAGUCCACUUCCUACAAAUUUUAUAACUACAUCAUACUCUCCAUAA